AUGGACGUGCGGCAGGCAGAGACAACGACGCUGACACUUGAGCCCGUAUCGGACUUGGCAGUUGCAGCGCAGUAUGCAGAUGCUGAGCUGCACUCGGUGGCAGCGCAAUUUGAGAGCUCAGCGAGCGUGAGCGAAGCGCUGAAACAGACAGCCACUGCGCCUACUGUGAUCAAGGACGUUUCGGACGAUGCGAGCGAUAGCUCGGACAAGGAAGACGACGUGCUGGCUGAGCAAAAGACUACCGAUACUACCAAGGAGCACGCAAGUGACGCGGUGGAGGAGAGCUCAAGUGAUGAAGAGGAUGAGGACCCUGCCGUAUUACGGGCAGAAAUUGAAGCGGCUUUGACGAAAGAAGAGAACAAGAUGAGUGUGCCGCUGAAGACGGAGCAUGAGGUUGAGGCAGUGCCGGUGCGGACGCCAGGAGUGGAACUGACGGCGGAUUGCCCCAUUGCUCAGUGUGGCGUAAUCUUGAACGUGAGUGUACCUGGUCUUAUGAUGACCAUCAAGUCGACGUCAAACAUGAGCUUGCUCGAUGAAGGGAGCGUCCUGUGUCUUGAAGACCGUACGGUCCUCGGGUGUGUCGACGAAGUCUUUGGUCCAGUGCUGAUGCCCAUGUACCUCGUCCGGUACGAGACUGCGGCCAAGAUGCCCGAGAAAGCGACAAAAGAUGCUACAGUUUACUACGCGACAGAGCACACGACGUAUCUGGACCCCGAGACGAUCAAGGACAAAGGCACAGAUGCUUCGAACCUUUUUGACGAAGAGGCUGAUGACACUGAGUUUUCAGAUGACGAGGCCGAGGCGACUUCGAAGCGAGGGAAUCGAAAGCGCAACCGCGGUACUGCACAAGCCACUGGAAUUGCAGUUGUUGAACCUUCCGGUGAACGGGGCAGCCGAGGUGGACGUGGGGGAAACUUUGCUGACUAUCAAGCGCGACAAAAUGCUUCGCCUCACGGGCAUUGUGGCAGCUAUGGGCAGCAGGCGCCAGUGGUCGUGAAGCCUGGCGUGCCUCCUUUUCCCGCGAUGCAGACCCAGCCUCACGGUGGUGUAACGAAGUAUACGCAGCCAGGCGGUUUCGGCGGUGCCAGGCCGCCAGCAGUGUAUGGGCAAACGAAGUACACGGCUCCGCAAGGCAACGGGAUGCCCCGGUCUCCUCUGCAUGUGUACCAUGGACAGGGCUUGCCACAGAGACAGCAAGCGCUACCUCGUGGCUACUAUCAGCUGCCUCCUCCAUCGCAGUACAGUGCCCACAUUAUGCCUGCAUUUCUCCCGCAGGCUCAGCCCGCUCAUGGUCCGUACCAGCAGUAUCCUCAGCCACCGAUCGCGGGGUACAUGCAGCCGCACCAAACACAUGGCGUGCCUUACGGUCAGCCUCAUCCUCCAAGGUACAGCCAACCGCCACCUCCACCGCCACCUGCAUUUUACGAAGCAAAUGGCCAGCAGCAGCUUCCACCACCGCCGCCGCCGCUCGGACAGCCCUAUGGUCGGCGGCGUUAUUAG